AUGAUACGAUUUCAAAGGACACCAUUUCUUUCUUUCUUUCUCUCCCCCUCUCUCAAUCCAUCUACCCCUCUAUCUCUUUCUCUACCCUCUCUCCACCUCUCUCCCCUUCUCCCUAUCCCUCUCCCCCCUCUCUCUGCCUCACCCCACCUCUUUCUUUCCCCUCUCUCAAAAUUUGAUAAAGACGAUUCUGCACAGAAAAGUGGCACCAUUUCUUUCUUUCUCUCCCCCUCUCUCUAUCCAUCUACCCCUCUAUCUCUAUCUCCACCUCUCCCCCCCUCUCUUAAAUUUGAUAAAGUCUAUUCUACACAGAAAGGACACCAUUUCUUUCUUUAUCUCUCUCCUCUCCUCUCUAUCCCUCUCCCCCUCUCUCUGCCUCAUUCCACCUCUUUCUUUCCCCUCUCUCAAAAUUUGAUAAAGACGAUUCUGCACAGAAGUGACACGAUUUCUUUCUCUCUCUCUCCCUCUCUCUAUUCCUCUCCCCUCUCUCUCUCCCUCUCUCUCUCCCUCUCUCUCCCCCUCUCUCAAAAUUUGAUAAAGACUAUUCUACACAGAAGUAACACGAUUUCUUUAUCUCUCCCCCUCUCUCAAUCCUUCUUCCCCUAUCUCCCUAUCUCUCCCCCUUUCUCUCCAUUUCUCUCAAAUUUGAUACAGACUAUUCUAUACAGAAGAGACACGAUUUCUUUAUUUCUCUCAGCCUCUCUCUCUCUCUCUCUCUCUCUCUCUCUGAUUUCUUUCUUUCUUUCUUUCUUCUUUCUUUCUUUCUGUCUUUCUUUCUUUCUUUCUUUCUUUCUGUUUUUCUUUAUUUCUUUCUUUCUUCUUUCUUUCUUUCUGUCUUUCUUUCUUUCUUUGUCUUUCUUUCUUUCUUUCUUUCUUCUUUCUUUCUUUCUUUCUUACGUUCUGUUUUUCUUCUUUCUUUCUUUCUUUCUUUCUUUCUUUCUUUCUUUCUUUCUUCUUUCUUUCUUUCUUCUUUCUUUCUUUCUUUCUUACGUUCUGUUUUUCUUUCUUUCUUCUUUCUUUCUUUUUUUCUUUCUGUCUUUCUUUCUUUCUGUCUUCUUUCUUUCUUUCUGUCUUUCUUUCUUUCUUUCUUUCUUCCUUUCUUUCUUUCUUCUUUCUUUCUUUCUUUCUUUCUGUAUUUCUUUCUUUCUUCUUUCUUUCUUUCUUUCUUUCUUACUUUCUGCUUUUCUUUCUUUCUUCUUUCUUUCUCUCUUUCUUUCUUUCUUUCUUUCUUACUUUCUGCUUUUCUUUCUUUCUUCUUUCUUUCUCUCUUUCUUUCUUUCUUUCUUUCUGUCUUUCUUUCUUUCUUUCUUUCUGUCUUUCUUUCUUCCUUUCUUUCUUUCUUUCUUUCUUUCUUUCUUCCUUUCUUUCUUUCUUCUUUCUUUCUUUCUUUCUUUCUGUAUUUCUUUCUUUCUUCUUUCUUUCUUUCUUCUUUCUUUCUUUAUUUCUGUCUUUCUUUCUUUCUUUCUGUCUUUCUUUCUUCUUUCUUUCUUUCUUUCUUUCUUUCUUUCUUUCUUUCUUUCUUUAGCGGCAUAA